AUGGGUGGCGCGUCGCUGGAUGGAUUGCAGGAUCACCUAAAGUUGGCUAGAGAAUACGCUUUGGAAGGACUGUAUGACACUUCCGUUAUUUUCUUCGAUGGCGCCAUUGCUCAGAUCAACAAGCAUUUAAAUACAGUCGAGGACCCUUUACUGCGUACGAAAUGGAUGAAUGCGAAGAAAGCAAUUUCAGAAGAAGCGGAGGUUGUGAAGCAAUUAGAUGCUGAGAAAAGGUCGUUCAAGGAGGUUCCUAUUGGCAGGCGGCCUAAUUCACCUCCGAUUUCGACUAAGUCAUCCUUUGUAUUUCAGCCAUUGGACGAGUAUCCAGUGUCAUCCAGUGCUCCAGUGGAUGAUCCCGAUGUGUGGCGACCGCCUACUCGAGAUCCUUCGAGUAGAAGACCUACAAGAACUGGUCAAGUUGGCAUGAGGAAGUCACCACAAGACGGGACUUGGGCACGUGGAGGUUCCACGAAAACAGGAACAGCUGGCCGUGGAGGAAGGACAGGUGGUUCUAGUAAGUCUAACACUGGAGGUCGAGCAUCAACUACCGCAAGGAAAGGAACUGGGAAAUCGGCCUCUGGAAAAGCAGAUUCAGUAAAUGGUGAUGAAGCUGAGGACGGAAAGCAGAAAAAAGUGCAAUAUGAAGGGCCUGAUGCAGACUUGGCUGCUAUGCUCGAAAGGGAUGUCUUGGAAACCAGUCCUGGUGUCAGAUGGGAUGAUGUGGCUGGGUUGAGCGAAGCAAAAAGACUUUUAGAAGAAGCUGUAGUUCUUCCACUGUGGAUGCCUGAGUAUUUCCAGGGAAUUAGGAGACCGUGGAAAGGUGUACUCAUGUUUGGCCCUCCUGGUACUGGGAAGACACUUCUAGCUAAAGCUGUGGCUACUGAGUGUGGUACAACAUUUUUCAACGUUUCUUCUGCUACCCUGGCUUCAAAGUGGCGUGGGGAGAGUGAACGAAUGGUCCGGUGUUUGUUUGAUCUUGCAAGAGCUCAUGCUCCUAGUACAAUAUUCAUUGAUGAGAUUGAUUCUCUUUGCAAUUCUCGAGGGGCUUCAGGAGAGCAUGAAUCAUCCCGACGGGUCAAAUCGGAGCUUCUAGUUCAGGUGGCUCCAGAUGUGGAUAUUGAUGAAGUGGCUCGUAGGACAGAGGGAUACAGUGGAGAUGAUCUAACAAAUGUUUGCCGUGAUGCUUCUUUGAAUGGCAUGAGGCGUAAGAUAGCAGGAAAGACACGCGAUGAGAUCAAGAACAUGUCCAAAGAUGAGAUUUCAAACGAUCCCGUUGCUAUGUGCGACUUUUUAGAGGCCUUGAAUAAGGUGGCUCCAGAUGUGGAUAUUGAUGAAGUGGCUCGUAGGACAGAGGGAUACAGUGGAGAUGAUCUAACAAAUGUUUGCCGGGAUGCUUCUUUGAAUGGCAUGAGGCGUAAGAUAGCAGGAAAGACACGCGAUGAGAUCAAGAACAUGUCCAAAGAUGAGAUUUCAAACGAUCCCGUUGCUAUGUGCGACUUUUUAGAGGCCUUGAAUAAGGUUCAACCAAGUGUUUCAGCAGCUGAUAUCGAAAAGCACGAGAAAUGGUCUGCUGAAUUUGGUUCAGCAUAG